AUGGUGGGACUAGCAGGAGAAGCAUUCAAGUUCAUGACCCCUCAGGAAUCAACCCUAAUGUUUCAGAGAGCUGGAAUGACGAGGCUUCAAUCGGUGACCGUAAUCGUAACUAUGUUAAGAAAGUAUGAGGACCCACCUACAGAGGUUCCCAGAAUAAGGAGAUUCUGCAUAGCAUUGGCGACUUGGAUGAUGAGGGAAAACAGAGGAAAUGCUGGUGGGUUUAGAGAGUUGGGGUUUGAGAAGGAUUUGGAAUGUGUGUUGGAAACUACUUCUGAAGUCGAGAGCUUCAAUAUCUUCUCUGGAACUGUUGGGAUGAGUCGUCACAGCUUAUGCAUCCAUUCGUUGGUGGAAACUGCAAUGGAGUUGCUUGUGGCACAAUGA